AUGGCACUAGGCAAGGAUUGCUCACCCAUGUGCUUACAACAGGCUGUUCUCUUCGCCGCCACGGGCUCCUUGUUCGCAGGGUUCGGCCUGGCGGUCAUCACGACCACCCUUGGGCAGCCGACGUUCUAUGAGUCUCUGUCCCUGGUGGCCGAUCCCACCGACCCAGACUACGGGUAUACCAACACCAUCAUCGGCGCUGUCAAUGGCGUCUUCUUCGGAGGAGGCUUCUUCGGCACUCUGCUUUCCGGGUGGGCGGCCGACAGGUUCGGUCGACUGAACGGCUUCCGCAUUGCAAGUGCUCUUGGGAUCAUCGGGGCCGCCAUUCAGGCUGGCUCGGUCAAUGUCGCCAUGUAUCUUGUCGCGCGCCUCAUCACGGGACUUGCAGCGGGGAACACACUGGCUGCUAUGCCGACUUACUACGCCGAAGUGUCUCCUCCUCACUCCCGUGGGUUGAUGACUGGCGCUCACGGAAGCUUUAUCAAUUUGGGAUAUUUCCUGGCAGGAUGGAUCGGCUUUGGCUGCUUUCAUGCCCCGGACACGACGUUUUCAUGGAGAUUCCCAAAUGCGGUGCUCGUGCUUCUGGGCAUUAUCCUCAUGACUGGGACUUUCUUCAUUCCCGAAAGCCCUCGAUGGCUCGUCCAGCACGGUCGAGGUGCGGAGGCGUACGAGCUACUCCGCAAACUGCACCACAGCGCCAGUGACCCGGAAGACCACUUUGCUCAGCGGGAGUUUGCUCAGAUCGAACGUCAACAGGCUGCCGACGCAGAAAUCCUGGCAAGGGACGGCAAAUGGCAGCUGUUCACCACCAGAACGUACCGUAAGCGGUUCAUCCUGGCCUUCCUCGUGAUGGCUGGUGGACAGAACGUCGGAACGCUCGUGAUCAACAACUACACGGUCUUGUUGUACCAGUCGCUUGGACUCAACAAUGAGAUGUCCAUCAUGCUCAGCGCCUUGUACAACACGCUUGCUGCCAUUGCCAACUUCGUGGGCGCCUAUUACAGCGACAGACUCGGUAGGCGAAAGGCACUCAUCUGGGGUUACUGCAUUAACAUGUCGAUGUUUAUCGUCGCGACGGGCCUCAUCGCCAAGUACAGCACGUCCGCGUCGAAAGGCCUCGCAGCCGCCGCUGUGGUGUUUCUCUAUCUCUAUGUGAUCGCGUACGGGGGCUUGAUCGACAUCAAUCAGUUUACCGCCGUGACCGAAAUCUUCCCAUCUUACCUUCGUAGCGAGGCGACCUCUUACUCUGUCUCGGCCAUCUUUCUCAUGGACGUCCUGUGGCUGCAGCUCGCGCCCACAGCUCAAGCCUCGAUCGGGUGGAAAUACUACCUGGUCUUUGUGUGCCUCGGUCUCGCCCAUACUGUCCACAUAUAUUUCUUCCUUCCAGAUGCCAACGGGAUGGCGUUGGAAGAAAUCGACGCUCUGUUCGGAAAGAAACCUGCAACCGACUUGACGGACAACACUCUCGAAGCGGAAGUACAGGACAGCCUCCCAUCGAAGGAAGACGCCACAGCGGUACACGUGACAAAGGUGUGA